AGCCGUCUGGGUGUAGCAAUACCAUGAGUUUUCCAUUAGUUUAUAUGCUGUUGGUAAUGACAGCAGCAGAAGAAGCUUGUAAGGCGGCUAGCGGGGCUGUGCUUGUUCAGCACAACAGUUCAAACAGUUUCUCUUCCUGCAUUUGCCUGCGACUACAAAGUUGCAGCGACUGUUGCUGUUCCCCGUAGGAGCGCACUGCCCAAGUGGAACCAAUUUGCCAAUGUCCUCCCAGGCACUUUCCCUGGCUGGUUACUAUACUUUCCUGCUGUCAGGGCUCCUGGGUUGGUUGGCUGCUGGUACUGACCCGGUUCUGAAAGGCCGCCCGUUCGCCUCAGUGUGGAAUGCCCCCACAAGCCCCUGCCUGGACAGGUUCGGAGUGACCCUUGACCUGAGCGCUUUUGACAUUGUGCUGAACCAGAACCACACGUUCCAGGGCUCAGAGGUGGUGAUUUUCUACAGCUCCCAGCUGGGAUUCUACCCCUAUUAUGAUGAGAGCCUCUCCCCUGUCAAUGGGGGGCUGCCCCAGAAUAACAGCCUUAGGGACCACCUGGACAAGGCAUUCAUGGACUUGCUGGAAACCAUCUCUCACCCAGGCUUUAAUGGAGUAGCAGUGGUGGACUGGGAGAGCUGGCGGCCGCUGUGGGCUCGCAAUUGGGAUAAGAUGAGGGUGUACCAGCAGAGUUCCCAGGAUCUGGUGAAGGAAUUCUACCCUCACUUGCCCCCCGAUAAAGUGAUAGAGUUGGCCAAGGCUGAGUUCGAGACGGCUGCCCGAAAAUUAAUGCAAUCCACUCUGGAACUGGGGCGAGCGCUGAGGCCCAAGGGGCUCUGGGGAUUUUAUGGGUUCCCAAGCUGCUAUAACUAUGGCUACAAAAAGAAAAACUACGGGCAGAAUUACACAGGCGAAUGCCCCAUAGAGGAAAUACACAGAAAUGACAACCUGACGUGGUUGUGGGAGGCCAGCCAGGCUCUUUACCCUGAUAUCUACCUGGAACAAGCACUCAAGAUGUCAGAACAUGUUGGGCCGUAUGUGAAGCACAGGGUCCUGGAGGGAAUAAGAGUGGCCAAGGACCUUCCUGUUCUGCCCUAUGCACGUAUAGUCUAUACAUACAGCAUGGACUUCCUUACCCAGGAGGAUCUCAUCCAGACAAUAGGACAGAGUGCAGCCCUUGGCGCCGCUGGCAUCAUCUUAUGGGGCAACGCAGACUACAGCAGGAGCGAAGAGUCGUGCCUGGCAGUGAAAUCCUACAUAGAUGAAACUCUGGGUCGCUAUCUGGUGAAUGUGAGCAGCAGCGCCAUGCUGUGCAGUAAAGCAGUGUGUACAGGGAAUGGGCGCUGCGUGAGGAAAGACCCCUCAUCUGAUUCCCACCUGCAUCUGCACCCAGACAGCUUCAGGAUCAAGAGGCACCCCGAGGGCAGGGGGUUUGUGGUAUCUGGGCAGGCCAGCAAGUGGGACAUUUUAUAUUUUGGGGAACACUUUUACUGUCGCUGUUAUCCCGGUUGGGAUGGGGAGGAUUGCACACGGAGGAGAAUAUUGUGACACUGCCAGAACUUCAUGGAGAGGAACUUAAAUGUAUAUCUGAUGCUUAAUGCCUUCUUACAGCCUAGCACAGGGAUAAACUCACUGUCCUGCAGCUGUUGCCCAGCUCCCUAUUACCUGUCUAGCCAUGGGAUGAGCAUGGGCAUGGGCAGGCAUUGGCACUGUAGAACACAGCCAUAUGGGGCAAUAAGCACAAACUUAGAUGUUUGCAUUCAAAACACAGGUCAGGAAAUGGCAUCUUCAGAUUUCAGCCUGAAAAUGCACAUUUGUGGAUUCACAUCCAGAGGUGGCAGAUCUUCCAAGUCUGCCAUUAGUUCUGUAAGAGCCACAGCUGCUUCUGGAAUGUUGCACCCCUAGAACUGUGAGGAGCCACAACUUCCAGCAUUCUGUGGCAACAGCGCUAUAUGUUUAGCACCCUAAAAAUGACAGUUGAUGCCACUGUUGUUU